GUAUUCGACUGUCAUUUUCAUUUCCUAGCUGCGUUUUUAGAAAAGUUCGUGUGUUUAGUGUUUUAUUGAAUUUAAGGCUGAUAAAUUGUUGUGAGAAAAGUACAUUUCGUUAAUUAGUAAAAACGGUACUGCCUCACUGCAUUUUGAAGUUAAAUGCUUGCGUUUUGAUAUGUUCGGUAAUUGUGAAGUGGCGUGAGACACAUAUCGGGUGCUUAACGCGCAGUUAUUGGGGCGAAACACUUUUACAAGAACACAAAUUUUUGAAUAUAAAGAGGAAGGGAGUACUAACGAGGCGAAUGUCACAAAAGCUUCCCCGAUAUAAAGAAAGCCAGAAAAACCGAUUUGUAUUUGUAGUGCAGCAAGUAAACUAGCGAAGCAAGCUUAAAACUUGGAAAAGUAGCACGACAACUCCAAUCAACGAAGCAAAUAAAUAAAUAAUUGGAGCAGCGUCAUAUACGCUGUUACUUAUAGGCUACUGGUCACGAUCUUUGUUGAACCCAAAAAGAAAGGAACAGGCGAUUUGAUAUCAACGGCGUUAUCGUCAUAGGCAUCGCCACUGUCACCGCCACCGUCGCUUCAUUGACAUCGCUGCUGCUACUGCUAUUUACAAAGUCGUUGGGAAGUGUCAAAGCAGAGUAACUGAAGACACGCCAAACGAAACAAAGGAGUGGGUGAUUGGGGAGGUAGGCAGAGCGCAUAGCAUACAUUAAAUCGCGUCGUAAGCUGUUCAUAUACUAAGCUAGUGAAGGUGCUAAAAGCGGCCUAUAGGUGAUAAAUUAGCUGCUGCAAACGUAGCGAAAAGCAAAAUAUAAAAGUGAAUUAAAACCUUUUUUAUUAGUCACCAAGCAAGCUGCUGGGGAAUACAGUGCAUAUGAUUACAUGAUUACACUGUUUUCUUGAUACUAUUUGCUGGUUAAAAUUUCAUUUGCCCAUAAAUCAAACAACCAAAAUUUGCUGCUAUUUGGAAACAUCGCGUUAGGCCAACUGAUAAGGGCGAUAACCCAAAAGAGCUGUGCUGCAUUGCUAUUGGAAAUAUAGCCGUGAAAGCGUAUUUAGCAGGCAGCAAUUGAACUGAAAUAAACAAAACCGGACAUAGUAAUCACGUAACAUGGAGUCGGACGAGGAUUCGUACGAGAUGGAGAAUGUCGACUCUGGCAAUGUAUCAUCCGGAGACGAGGGCGAUGAAGAUUUUGGCAUGGAAGUCGAUAUACCCUCUUCACAUGAUCGUCAAAUGGAAACAGAGGAAUAUCAGUAUGAAGUGCUUACGACAGACGAAAUAGUACUGCAUCAGCGCGAAAUAAUCGAUGAGGUCAACAAUGUGCUCAAGCUGCCGCCCACAAUAAUCCGCAUACUGCUUAAUCAUUACAAAUGGGAUAAGGAAAAGUUGUUGGAGAAAUAUUUUGACGGUAAUACAGAGGAAUUUUUCAAGGGCGCACAUGUCAUCAAUCCUUUCAACAAAGCCGCCAAUCCAAGUCGACUCAAGGUGAACAAAAACCCCGUCGAAGAAUGCGAAAUUUGCUUCUCAUUAUUGUCACCAGAUAGUAUGACUGGUCUGGAGUGUGGCCAUCGCUUUUGUUUGGCCUGCUGGCGUGAGUAUUUAACCACAAAGAUCGUCACCGAAGGUCUCGGUCAAUCCAUCUCGUGCGCCGCGCACGGCUGUGAUAUUUUAGUCGACGACGUAACUGUCACCAAACUAGUGGAUCCGCGUGUCAAAGUGAAAUACCAGCAAUUGAUCACAAAUAGUUUUGUCGAAUGCAAUCAGCUGUUGCGUUGGUGUCCGUCCGUCGACUGUACGUAUGCAAUUAAAGUGUCGUAUGGCGAUUCCCGUCCGGUGAGUUGCAAAUGUGGGCACGUCUUUUGCUUUGCAUGCGGCGAGAAUUGGCAUGAUCCGGUCAAGUGUUGUUGGCUGAAAAAGUGGAUUAAGAAGUGCGAUGAUGAUUCGGAGACAUCCAAUUGGAUUGCGGCCAACACCAAAGAGUGUCCUAAAUGUAAUGUGACAAUUGAAAAGGAUGGCGGCUGCAAUCACAUGGUGUGCAAGAAUCAAAACUGCAAACACGAUUUCUGUUGGGUGUGCUUGGGGUCGUGGGAACCACACGGUUCGUCAUGGUACAAUUGCAAUCGGUAUGAUGAGGAUGAGGCAAAAGCGGCGCGUGAUGCGCAAGAGAAGUUGCGCUCCUCGUUGGCAAGGUACUUGCACUACUACAAUCGCUAUAUGAAUCACAUGCAGUCGUUGAAAUUUGAGAAUAAACUCUAUGCGGCGGUCAAACAUAAAAUGGAGGAGAUGCAGCAACACAAUAUGUCUUGGAUCGAAGUGCAAUUCUUGAAAAAGGCUGUAGACAUACUCUGCCAGUGCCGCCAAACACUUAUGUACACUUACGUGUUUGCCUACUAUCUGAAGAAGAAUAAUCAGUCAAUGAUCUUUGAGGAUAAUCAAAAGGAUUUGGAAUCGGCAACAGAGAAAUUGUCCGAGUACUUGGAACGUGAUAUAACGUCGGAGAACUUGGCUGAUAUUAAACAAAAAGUGCAGGAUAAAUAUAGGUGAGUAGAGGAAUAAGACUCAAGUUUGACGGCGCAA